AUGACAAUCCACGAGCCAAAAAGCCACGAAGAGGCAGAAGCCUUCAAACUGAGCGAAAUGUACAACAAGCUCGGCUACGAAAUCACCCAGCUCGACUCGCCAGCCCAGCUAGGCGGAGGCUAUGACUGGGGCCACGGCGAAACAACCUUCGGCCACCUCCUCGGCGGCUACGACGCCGGCUACUACGGUUACCUCUCCAGCCAAGUCUACAGCGCCGACAUGUUCCACACCGUCUUCGCCAAAGAUCCCAUGAACCGGGAAGAGGGCAGGCGGUACAGACACAUGGUGCUCGAGAAGGGAGGGAGCCAGGAUGAGAUGGAGACGUUGAAGGGGUUUUUGGGAAGGGAACCGAACGGGGAUGCGUUUUACCGGGAGCUGGGGCUGGCGUGA